AUGCUUGGACGUAAUGAAUUGGUCUCAGAAGGUUUCUCCACGGAUGGUUCUUUAUCUCCACCUGUUAUGGCCUCUACCUCCCUAUCGGAAAUUUUACCUUUCUUCACUGCAUCAAGCAUCCUCUCUCUGACUGAUCAAAGUGCCACAGACAUGAUGUCCAUUGACCAGACUGCACUAAUCCCAGGGCUAACCAUCCCCACCAAUGAUUAUUCUGCCAUCAGCCAGUCAGCUCUGGAAAUUUCACAUUUGUCUGCAUCUUCAGAAGACAGCAGGUUGAGUACAAGCAGCCAAGACACAGUCAGGGACUUAGAUGGAAUGGAUCUAUCUACCAUCCCCCCGUCCUCUGAGGUACCAGGAGUCAGUGGAUAUGUUUCCACCCCAGACCAUUUCUUGGAGAAUACCACUCCUGUCCAAGCUUUACAGUAUAUCACCACUAGCUCUAUGACCAUCGCCACCCAGGGCCAUGAGCUGGUGGUGUUCUUCAGUCUGCGUGUUGCUAACAUGCCCUUCUCCAACGACCUGUUCAACAAGAGUUCUCUGGAGUACCAAGCUCUGGAACAACGAUUCACACAGCUGCUGGUUCCAUAUUUACGAUCCAAUCUUACGGGAUUUAAGCAACUUGAAGUACUUAACUUCAGAAAUGGGAGUGUGAUCGUGAAUAGCAAAAUGAGGUUUGCUAAAUCGGUGCCCUACAAUCUCACCAAGGCUGUGCACGGCGUCUUGGAGGAUUUUUGUUUUGCUGCAGCCCAACGACUUGAUCUGGAAAUAGACAGCUACUCUCUCAGCAUUGAACCAGCUGAUCAAGCAGAUCCCUGCAAAUUCCUGACCUGUGGUGAAUUUGCCCAGUGUGUAAAGAAUGAGUGGACCAAGGAAGCAGAGUGUCACUGCCGACCGGGGUAUGAGAGCCAGGGGCUCCUGGACCACCGGGAGCUGGGCCCCUGUGCUCCUGGAGAGGAAUGUGAGGUCAUCCAGGGAAAGGAAGCUCCAAGCAGAUAACUGGGGAGGGGGAGGCAGAUUCUGAAUUACUGACUGUAGGAUAUGAAGAAUUUAACCAUCAAGACUGGGAAGGAAAUUAAAAACGAAAAAUGUACAGAUUAUCAUUUAAUCUAUCUCAAGAGAGAUGGUUUGCUUUCUCAAGGAAAAUUGUAUCCACUCUGUCAAAAUUCUGAAAACACAGGCAGGCAUAUUUACUGGUCAUCAGGAGCCAGGCAUACAGUCAACACUGAGAACCAGCACACACCAUGUUUCAAAUAGAGAAGAAUCGUGUACUUAAUGACUGGUAUAUUUUAAGGAAAAAGAUGCUUAUUUUUCAAAACCCCAAACACAAUCAGUGAAACAGUUUGGCUAUUCCUGGGUAAUAGUCAAGAUAAUAGUAAAGCAGAUUUGCUUCCAGCUUCUCAUGGAUAACUUACAAGAGCAAUUUACUGUUUGUUGGGUGGGGGAUGGC